CCAGCGCUAAAAUCUAUAGUUGUAUAGUUCAUCUAUAGUUCACGUUACGUACACUGUAGUAUUUCGGUACUGGCAGUGAAUAUCAGAACGCAGCCAAAGAAUGGCAUCUUAGGUUCUUGAGAACGUGCCUUAAGUGUCACGUUUACCUUCCCGCCAAAUUUCCAUCUCAGCAUGGUUUAAUAUUGGAUACUUUAAUUUAUCCACGCAUCUUAUGUACAUUGUGUGUUUUUGUAAUUAAUUAAAGAAAUGGAAACUGGUCCUGCACUAGUCAAUCGAGCACAUGUGCGGGAUGAGGUGGGAAUUAAAUGUCAAAAACUGUUCCAAGAUUUUCUUGAGGAAUUCAAGGAAGAUGGAACUGUUAAAUACCUGGAACCUGCUAAAGAACUUGUCAGUCCAGAACGAUGUACAUUGGAAGUAUCUUUUGAAGAUGCAGAAUCAUAUAACCAAACUUUGGCUACAACCAUAAUAGAGGAAUACUAUAGGGUCUUUCCAUAUUUAUGUCAAGCAGUAUGUAACUAUGUGAAAGAUACAGGAGAUUUACAAAAAGAUAAGGAAUGUUAUGUCAGCUUUGUGGAUGUGCCUACUAGACAUAAGUUAAGAGAAUUAAACACAUCACGAUUGGGUACUUUGGCUCGUAUAUCUGGACAAGUGGUGAGAACACAUCCUGUUCAUCCAGAGUUAGUUCUUGGCACAUUUAUUUGUAUGGACUGUAACACAUAUAUUAAAAACGUGGAGCAGCAAUUUAAGUUUACAAAUCCGACAAUUUGUACUAAUCCAGUAUGUAACAACAAACGCCGCUUUCUGUUGGAUAUGGAUAAUUCAGUAUUUAUCGAUUUUCAAAAAGUAAGAAUACAAGAGACACAAGCUGAGCUUCCUAGAGGUUCCAUACCUCGCUCUGUGGAAAUUAUUUUAAGAGCUGAAAUGGUUGAGUUGGUGCAGGCUGGAGAUAGAUACGAUUUCACAGGUACUCUUAUAGUGAUACCAGACGUGGGAGCACUGUCUCUACCAAGCGCUAAGGCAGAAAUUGGUCCACGAAACAGGAAUACAGAACAGAGAGAGGGUGUAAGUGGCCUUAGGGCUCUUGGUGUCAGGGAACUAUCAUAUAAAACAGCAUUUCUGGCUUGCAGUGUUACAGCUACUAGCUUAAGGUUUGGAGGUACAGAUAUGGCAAUGGAGGAGAUCUCACAGGAAAUGAUGAAGAAACAAAUGUCAGAAGCGGAAUGGAAUCGCAUCUACGAGAUGAGUCGCGACAAGAAUCUUUACGAGAAUCUUGUUACCAGUCUGUUUCCCGCGAUACACGGUAAUGACGAAAUUAAGAAGGGAAUCACAUUGAUGUUCUUUGGUGGUGUACCGAAGACUACUGAGGAGGGCACAUCGUUAAGAGGGGACGUCAAUGUCUGCAUCGUCGGUGACCCCAGUACUGCAAAGUCACAAUUUCUGAAAUGUGUGGCCGAUAUCUCACCCAGGGCAGUUUACACGUCUGGAAAAGCGUCGAGCGCAGCUGGUUUAACGGCCGCGGUAGUGCGAGACGAAGAAUCUGCGGACUUUGUCAUAGAAGCUGGAGCGUUGAUGCUCGCGGAUCAUGGUAUCUGUUGCAUCGACGAAUUCGACAAGAUGGAUCCGAAAGAUCAGGUCGCGAUUCACGAAGCUAUGGAGCAACAGACGAUUUCGAUAGCUAAGGCUGGUGUGAGAGCGACUUUAAAUGCUCGAACGUCUAUACUAGCGGCAGCAAAUCCUAUCAAUGGACGGUACGAUAGGAGAAAGUCGUUGCAACAAAAUGUGCAAUUAACUGCACCUAUUAUGUCAAGAUUUGAUUUGUUCUUUGUUGUGUUGGAUGAAUGUAAUGAAAUCGUCGACAAUGCAAUUGCCAAGAGAAUUAUAGAUUUGCAUUGCGAUAAUCUGAAUGAUCUUCAAAUGGUGUACAAGCAAGAAGAGAUUAUUAGAUAUAUCAAUUUUGCCAAACACUUUAAACCGAUUUUAAGUCAGGAAGCUGCCGAUCUUUUAGUCGAAAGUUAUACGGUUCUCAGACAGAGAACCGGAAGCGGAAGCGGCAAGUGGAGAGUUACCGUAAGGCAGUUAGAGAGCAUGGUUCGAUUGUCCGAAGCGUUGGCGAAAUUGGAAUGCGUGGACGAAGUAACAGUGAAACACGUCAGAGAAGCGAAACGAUUGUUACAGAAGAGUAUAAUUACGGUAGAACAGCCGGAUGUAGACCUUGAAGAAGGAAUGGGCGAUGGAAAUUUGGAAAUGGACGUUGACGAACCACCACCACUCAUGGCAGCGUUGAACGCAUUAGGCGAUAAUAAUGAUGCACCACCUCCAGCACCGUCUAACGGAACGCAAGAGCUACCGAAAAAGAAACUAACGAUGUCCUUUGAGGAGUAUAAAAAUCUGUCGAACAUGUUGAUUCUUUACAUGAGAAACGAGGAAAAUCGUGUCGAGAGCGAAGAUGAUAAUAAGGGAGGUAUACGGAAGUCUGAGUUAGUGGCAUGGUAUCUUGAUCAAAUACAAGAUCAACUAGACUCGGAAGAAGAGUUGUUAGAACGGAAAGGUUUCAUUGAAAAGAUUAUUGAUAGAUUGACGUACCACGAUCAAAUUAUAAUACCUCUAACAACAACUGACUUGAGAAGCAGAGAUAAAGAAGAAGAAGAAGAAGAAGCGGAUCCUCUACUCGUUGUUCAUCCCAAUUAUGUUAUGGAUAUUUAAUUAUAUACGCAUUGUGCAUACAUUAUAUUCCGUCAUGAUAUAAUUGCCUUGAUGAAAAAGAGUAUAAUUUACUUUUUCUUGCAGGAAAUUGCAGACUAGAAAUAUUUUUUAUCUUAAUCUAUAGCCGUCAUGUUUUU